AUGUUGGAAAAUGGCACCAGCAACGGCCAUUUGGCAAGUGUUGAAUCGAUUAUUGAAGAAUUUAAUAUCGGAAAAGAAAAGGUUCAAGAAACUACCAACUAUUUCGUCCAGCAGAUGAAACAUGGUCUAAAAGCCAAGCAUUCUUAUCAGAUACCUUCCUUUGUCACCGAGAUACCAACGGGACGCGAAAAAGGAUUGGUCCUCGCAGUUGACCUGGGAGGCACGAACUGCCGGGUGUGUGCUGUUAAACUACACGGAGACUCAAAAUUCGAUGUGUUCCAAAGAAAACAUGUUGUACCUCCUGAGUUGCGGGUAAACGAUAGCUACAAGCCUCUUUUUCAGUUUAUUGCAUUCAAGAUUAAGGACUUCCUCGAAGAAUAUAAACUGCAAAAUGAAAGAGAAAGCUCUACUCAGGGAACUUUCAACCUCGGGUUCACAUUCAGCUUCACUUGUGAACAAACAUCGAUAUCUCAAGGCACGCUUGUUCACUGGGAUAAAGGAUGGGACAUCCCGAGCGCCAUAGACCAGGACCCUUGCUCAUUGCUGCAAGACGCAAUUGAUGAGAUAGGAAUAUCAGUGCGGGUUUGCGUCUUGGCGAAUGAUGCAGUCGGUACACUUUUGACAAAAGCAUACACGGCUGAAAAAUCGAGCUCGGCUCUAGCAGCUAUCAUUCUCGGCACAGGGACUAAUGCUGCUUAUGUCGAGGACAUUGCCAACAUACAGAGACUCGAAACCAGCGAGAAAAGUACAACAAAGGAUCAAGACAGCGUUAUGGUAAUCAACACGGAAUGGGGCUCCUGGGAUGAUGACCUGAAAGUUCUCCCCCAGACCCGAUUUGACAAGCUGAUCGAUGAGGGUUCUUCUGAUCCCAGCUGUGGUCUGCUGGAGAAGAUGGUGUCUGGCAUGUAUCUCGGAGAACUGCUACGUCUGAUCAUUUUGGAACUUAUCUUGAAUGGAAGCUUGAGUAUGACAUUUAAAGACGACAGUCCAGUACAUCGUUACACGGGUAUCGAAACAUCGUUUCUAACCAAGAUCACCGAGUUCGAACCGGAGGACACAGAAGGACUCUUGAACUUUAUGACGAUGACCUUGGCUAUGAAAGAAGUCACUACAGAGGAGAUGCGAAAGAUUCAGAGUCUUGCAGAAGCCAUCAUAAAGCGAUCUGCUCGGCUGGUCGGCGCAGGCCUUGCAGCGAUCGUCAUCCAAUCAGGACGACUACAUUCGAGAUGUACGACUCCGAAGACUACCCCGACAGCACAGACACAGGAGAUUACCCAGAAACCUGCCAAGAAACAGAGAGGCGGCAAGAUAUCGUCACUGAUUAAACUUAUCAGAAGCCUAUGCGGUUGCAUGCGACCUGAAGAAGAUACUGGCAUUCCGGUUGCUAAAUCGCCCUACAGCUCGGAAGAAGUCAUCGAGUCGACGAUACUGGUAGACGAGGACAUCAAUAUCGCUGUUGAUGGAUCUCUGUUUGAGUUUCAUGCCGAGUUCGAAGAGUUGAUGCGCGGCGCGUUACGUGAUGUCGCCGAGAUUGGGUGUGAAAAUGAGAGGAGGAUAAAGAUAGAGCUUACUAAGGAUGGAUCAGGUACAGGUGCUGCACUCAUUGCGGCUGUAGCUGGAAAUGUAGGUUAUCAUCAUACAUAG